CCGUCUAUUGAUUGUUAGUGGGCGAGAAGAGGAACUACUUGUUUAUUGUUGCUAGACGUUUAUUUAAUUAUACUUAGUAUAUUGAUAUUGUUUAUCGGGCAGUCAUGUCUGGACGGGACGCCCUCAACAUGAAGCAACCGCCAAUCCAGUCAACGGCUGGUGCUGUGCCGAUUCGAAAUGAGAAAGGUGAGAUUUCGAUGGAAAAGGUGAAGGUGAAGCGCUAUGUGUCAGGUAAACGUCCUGACUAUGCUCCCAUGGAUUCCUCUGAUGAGGAGGAGGAGGACUUCCAGUUUAUCAAGAAAGGAAAGGAUGCUGAGCCGGAGAUCGAGAUGGAGGAAGAGGAGGUGUCAGACCCUCGUCUCAAGCGUCUGCUUAACCGUGUCUCUGAGGAUGUGGAGGAAAGGUUGGCAAGACACAGACAGAUCGCUGAGCCCGAGGUUGUCGUGGAGAGCAGUGAAGACUCCGACGAGGGUACCUGGCACCCGGAGCGUGAGGAGAGCAGUGAGGAAGAGGAGGAGGAGGAGGAAGAAGAGGUGGAUGAUGAGGAAAUCGAGAGGCGGCGAGCGAUGAUGCGCCAGAGAGCACAGGAGAGGAAGAAUGAGGACAUGCCUGAGAUCAUGGAGGUGGAGGAAGAGGGGAAGUCGGGUGCUGAAGAGGAGUCGUCAGAGUCAGAAUACGAGGAGUACACAGACAGUGAAGACGAGGCCGAGCCGAGGCUAAAGCCGGUCUUCAUCCGCAAGAAGGACAGAGUGACCGUGGCAGAACGCGAGGCGGAGGAGCUCAAACAGCGGGAGCUUGAGGCGGAGGCCAAGAAGCAGGUGGAGGAGCGCCGCCGCUACACCCUGAAGAUUGUGGAGGAGGAGGCCAAGAAGGAGUUUGAGGAGAACCGCCGUACGCUGGCAGCGCUUGACUCCCUGGACACAGAUGGGGAGAAUGAGGAAGAGGAGUACGAAGCAUGGAAGGUCCGUGAGCUCAAGCGCAUCAAGAGGGACCGAGAGGCCCGUGAAGCAAUGGAGAAAGAGAAGUCUGAAAUUGAAAGGUUCCACAGCCUCACCGAGGAGGAGCGCAGGGCUGAGCUACGUAACAACGGCAAACAGAUCACAAACAAGGCCUCAAAGGGAAAAUACAAGUUCCUCCAGAAGUACUACCACAGAGGAGCCUUUUUCAUGGAUGAAGAGGAAAAUGUGUUCAAGAGAGACUUCAGUGCCCCUACUCUGGAGGACCACUUCAACAAAACCAUCCUCCCCAAAGUCAUGCAGGUCAAGAACUUUGGUCGCUCCGGGCGGACUAAGUACACCCACCUGGUGGACCAGGACACCACAUCGUUUGACUCUGCCUGGGCCCAGGAAAGCGCUCAGAACAGCAAGUUCUUCAAGCAGAAGGCUGCAGGAGUGAGAGAUGUGUUUGACCGGCCCACAGUGCAGAAGAGGAAGACCUAAACCCUAGGUUCAACCAAAGACUGUUUUCAGAGAGCUUGGUGUGUUCAGUAAAGUGAGAUGUUCCGAAUGUUGUAGGUAAAUGUACUGCAUGGACACUUCACUCAGGACAACAAUCUAUUAUGGCCAUUUGUACCUGCAAUACCCUGGGGCUCAGAGGUUUAGGGUCAUGUCAUGAUGUUGUGGUGCUGGUUGCAUCCACACAUCAUCUAAAUGGGCACAUUCAGGCAUAUUUUAAUGUAAUUUUGUAAAUUUUCAAAGCAGUGCAGCGUCUUGUUUUCCCCCCUCUAAUGUCAACUUUAUGCUGUUUAUCCAACCCUGAUUUGGUUUUACCCUCUUUGAUUUGACAGAUCUUUCUAACUUGGAGGUGAAGCAUAGUGAUUAAAAUGCAUUUGUCUAUA